AGUUUAAUUGAGCCAUGGGGGAAUGUGUUGGCCUCUGCCUUUCUCGUGAAUGUGGUCUCGACGUAGAGCUGUGGCUACGACAGGAAGGGACAUGCAGAGUUUUGGGCGAGUGGCGAGCUACAGGCAGGGACUACUACCAGCCUGUGAUGCCUGAGAGGACCACAGUACAAAGCACACAAGUGGAUGCUGAUAGACAUGGAACUGAGAUGAACGAUCUCCUCGAAGGCUCCCUAACUCCUGAGUUCAGCGUAAUACGUUUGCCUGGCGAAGCCCCUGGGCGUGUGUUCCUGAUGCGUGAACAAGCCACUCCUUGGCGCAUAACCUACCCAGGCUGCCCACCUCAGCAAGUCCAUGAUCUGCCGUGGACGGUCCGCGAGGAAUCCUUUGUUUUCGACGGUCCCGAGCUUCUGCUUACAACAUUGGAGCAUACCAGACUGUGGCAACAGCGAGGUCGUCAUCCUACAAUAUUGCGAGGAAAAGAGUACUCAGCUCGAGGGGGGACUUUCCGCGUCGUGCUUGCUAGUGAUCUCGCCCUCGGGAUACGGCGUAAGAUGGCUCCGUUAUGGCUGCUCAUUGUGGAACGACGUACUGGCAAUGGCCAGGAGGCGGUCUCAGAAUACCAUGACGAGAGUCUCCAAGACUUUGUCAGUGAGAUGCUCAGUGAGGCAGGGCCCGCUGGCCAGAUCGACUUGGAAAUUCAGGUUCACUCUUGUAUGCGGGCAGUACACGACCGAGGUUCCGACAAGAAGUCCGCUAGAGAGCGUCUUCUAGCUUUAUACGCUUACAACUACAUUGAGUUAGCGAGGGAUGCUGGCCAGAUGAUUCUUCCGGGAUCUGUAUCGGUCCUACUCAGAGAACAAGAAGCGGCAACAUCAGCAGGGCGAAGUGCUCUGCCGGCAGCGGCCCUGGAGCCAGUGAUCGAUGCUGCAUUGAAGCCGAUACAUUUGGUUAACCCUCCCCUCCCGAGAGCUGUGAGGUUUUCAGAGUCUCUCUUCAUCUAUGGUGUCAUGUUCAGACCGAUUGUGAGUUCAUAA